AUGUACAUUGGUGGUCCUACUGCAGACCCGCUUCUGCAGCCUUCAUUUCUUCCUGAUCCAGCUGAAGACCAGCUGGCGCCCAAUCACAAGCCGAAGGUCGACCCAGACAAUCCGGGUAAUCCAGGCAGUCUCACCCACUAUGCUGGGGGCUGCAAACCGUGCAACAAAUACAAUCCUGAAAGGCCUGAUGAUUCGUGCAAGCAUGCGGAGAGGUGUUCUUUUUGCCACAGUAAGGAGCAUGAAAGACCGAAGCACAGAGGUCAAAGAGGGCGUCAUGCUUUACAGCGAAGGCAAUUUCUUGAAGCCCGGGACAGGAUGCAUGAUGGGCUUGUGCAAAUCAUCAAUUCCAUCUACACCGUGCCACAUGACACCAUGGACAAGCUGAAGGGGUUGAUGAAGAAACAGGUGAACAGUACAUCGGGAUACAAUGACCAGGUCCAAUUUCUGGCCAGGCGCAUUGCCGAAAUCGGCGAUCGUGCUCAGAAUCAGCGACCAGACAAUGCGCGAGUUCGGCGGGCGCGUGGGGAGCUUUGUCAGGUCGACCUGGAGAGCAGGUGCAAAUGGUACACGGGAACUCUUCAUCUCAUGGUCCGGAAGAUGUAUGAGGAUCCAAAAAAUGAAAAGCAAAAGUUGGAGGAAAUCCGGAAGGCUGUGAAGGACAGUCUGGAUGAGUUUGAAGGAUUGGCAAAGGAGUUGGAGACAAACCUGCAAGGCGCUGAGGGUCUCGAGGAAGAGGUAAAGCAAGCUUUGACCGCCAACAAGUGGCUUGAAAAAGAUCUUGGGGCGCUCGUUCACAAGGAGAUUCCAAAUGCAACCAGUCCUGAGAAGAAGCAGGUGUGGGAUGACUUGAAGACGGAGCUUACCUUUAUGUUAGAAGUGACCGAUGAAGAGUGCAGAGACAAGAUGAAAAGGGCGAACAAGCUGGAUGAAAUGCUGAAGCUUGUAAAGGAAACGGUGGAAAAGCAAAGGGAAAGUUUACUUGGCGACGAGGAGGAGUUGUCAUCGUCAUA